AUGUUAUUAAAUAUAAAAAGUAUCUUAUGGAUGUGCUCUACAUUAGUUGUAACAUAUAUGCUACCUAAAGUUAAAGCAGAAAAAAAAGCCCUGGUAAAGGGAUCUCUCUCUGGAACUUCAGUCCUGCCAUGCUUCUUUUCAACUACACCCACUAUAGCCUCCAGCUAUGCAGCCGAAUAUCUUCGAAUCAAAUGGUCAAAGGUUGAACUGGAUAAAAACGGAAAAGAUGCAAAGGAAACCACAGUCCUGGUGGCCCAAAAUGGGAACAUCAAAAUAGGCCAGAACUACAAAGACAGAGUGUCUGUUCCAACCCACUCAGAGGAGACCGGCGAUGCUUCGCUGACUUUCUCUAAGCUGCGUGCGAGUGAUGCAGGGGUGUACCGCUGUGACGUUAUGUAUGGAGUUGAAGACACACAAGGCAUUGUGUCGUUGGCUGUUGAUGGUGUCGUGUUUCAUUAUCGUGCUGCAACCAGCAGGUAUACGUUGAAUUUUACACAAGCUCAGCAGACUUGUCUGGACAACGGUGCUGUCAUAGCAAGCCCUGAACAGCUGAAAGCAGCCUAUGAAGAUGGCUUUGAACAAUGCGAUGCUGGGUGGUUGUCUGACCAGACUGUUAGAUAUCCAAUUAGACAUCCAAGAAUUGGCUGCUUUGGAGAUAAAAUGGGAAAGAAAGGAGUCAGAACAUACGGACGCCGUUUUCCUAAUGAAACUUAUGAUGUAUAUUGCUAUGUGGAACACAUGAAAGAUGAAGUGGUUCAUGUUUCAGUUCCUGAGAAGCUAACCUUUGAAGAAGCUAAAGAGUUAUGCCGGAAAAGAGAUGGCGUUCUUGCAUCUGUUGGGAACCUGUACGUUGCCUGGAGGAACGGCUUUGACCAGUGUGACUAUGGCUGGCUGGCUGACGGAAGCGUUCGCUACCCUGCCUCUGUGGCUAGGCCCCAGUGCGGAGGAGGUUUACUUGGGGUGAGAACCCUGUAUCGCUAUGAGAACCAAACAGGCUUUCCUUACCCAGAUAGCAAGUUUGAUGCCUACUGCUACGAACGCCAAGAUCCAUGCAAAAGUAAUCCCUGCCUUAACGGUGGUACCUGCUAUCCGCGUGGUUCAUUUUACAUCUGUACGUGUUUGCCAGGUUUCAAUGGCGAGCAGUGUGAAUUAGAUAUUGACGAAUGCCAGUCUAACCCAUGUCGGAAUGGAGCCACGUGUGUAGAUGGCCUCAAUACAUUUAUUUGCAUCUGUCUGCCAAGCUACAUAGGUGCUCUCUGUGAACAAGACACAGAGACCUGUGAUUAUGGCUGGCACAAGUUCCAGGGACAGUGCUACAAAUACUUUGCCCAUCGCCGUACGUGGGAUACAGCUGAACGAGAAUGCCGUCUCCAGGGAGCACACCUGACAAGCAUCUUGUCCCAUGAAGAGCAGGUCUUUGUGAACCGUAUUGGGCAUGACUACCAAUGGAUUGGCCUCAACGACAAGAUGUUUGAGCGUGACUUCCGCUGGACUGAUGGUAGCCCGCUGCAAUAUGAGAACUGGCGACCAAACCAGCCAGAUAGCUUCUUUUCUGCUGGAGAAGACUGUGUUGUUAUAAUAUGGCAUGAGAAUGGGCAGUGGAAUGAUGUACCAUGCAAUUAUCACCUUACCUAUACCUGCAAGAAAGGGACAGUUGCCUGUGGUCAGCCUCCUGUUGUGGAAAAUGCAAAGACCUUUGGGAAGAUGAAACCUCGUUAUGAGAUCAACUCCCUUAUUAGAUAUCACUGCAAAGAUGGUUUCAUCCAGCGUCAUAUUCCAACCAUACGGUGUCAAGGGAAUGGAAGAUGGGAUAUGCCUAAAAUUACUUGCAUGAAUCCAUCCACAUACCAAAGGACUUAUUCUAAGAAAUAUUACUAUAAACAUUCUUCAUCAGGAAAAGGAACAUCAUUAAAUUCAUCAAAACACUAUCAUCGCUGGAUCAGGACGUGGCAGGACUCAAGACGCUGAGCGCUAAAUGGUGAAUAGGGAUUUCCACCAUUUCAGCCAAAGUCCUAACUUUCUGUGCCUUUUCUAUCACUUAUAGGAGUAUUAUCAAAUUGUUUUGAAACUAUGGACUCCGGUAUUCACAAUGCAUUUUGCAAAAUAUGGUGUUUAUCAGAAAAUUCAAAAAAAAAAAAAAUAUAGUGGAAGGGUGCUUGUGGGAAGGAGAGAAAACCAUUUCCAGCUUAAAAGGAUUAUUAGUUUUCUAUAUGCCAUCAGUGUGGACCAUUUUAUGAUAUAUACCAGCCUACUGCAAUAUUUAAACAAUUCAAUUUUAGCACCAAUGAAAGUGUAAAUAAGAUGAUUUUAAUGUUGUUCAAUUGUGUGUUGUUUUUAAAAUCCUGUAUAUAAAAUGAAAAGUCACACUAAGUUCAGGCAUAUUUAUGGUUAGAACGGCCUCAGAGGUCUUCAGUCAUUUAUGAAAUUGUUUUUAUGUCAUUCACCUAGGCUGGAAAUGGUUGAAAUAGCUGCAUUGACUGAGACUUGCUAUUACCAGAUGAAGAUAAACACACAAGUUACAUGACUUUUUUUUUUUUUUUUUUUUUUUUUUUUAUUUUUUUUAAUUGGAGCUGUGCCAUUUCCCAUCCAAGGUACAGUUUGUGUCAAUAUGAUGCAAAGUUUAAACUUAGCACGUAAAGUGGGAUGAAGCAUGAACUAGGGACUGCAAUGUGGAACUUUUUUGUGCUCUCCAUUCCAGCUUCAUCACUCAUGAGAAAGGACUGCAUGGAGGACUUGUAUAUGACAAGGAGGGCCUGUAAAAAUCCAAGUGCUAAUACAUUAACUUUAUCAACCAGGUCCACAUUUUUGGAAAAAAAAAAAGAAAAGAAAAAAACCUGACUUUCACAACAUUAACCACAAGGUCUAUAUUACAGGUCUCUGCAUUCUAAAAUGGAGAUAGACCUAGUGUUUGAGAAUUUUUUUUGUAAAAAACAAACAAAAAUCAAAAAAGUAAAUAAUUUUGUAUAUAUAACCAUUUUUUAAUCUUUUUAUAAAGUAAUGAAUGUUUGUGUAUGAAUGCUGCAGCUGUGAAGCGUACAUAAAUAAAUGAAGUAAGCCAUACUGAUUUAAUUUAUUGGAUGUUAUUUUACCCAAGCAAAGAAGAUUAAAAGAGCUUGCCAGUGCCAUAUUAGCCCCUGAGCUCCACUUUUGGAACCAUCUUUCAGUUCAACUGCUAUUUCCCUGGAGAACAAAAUUCCUGCUAAACCGGAUCAUUUGUUUGGCAAUUAGAUGGGUGAGAACUGUGUGACUUACGGAAGAAUCAGGAUCUUGGCUUUCUAGAAAGAAGUGUGUGCACAAAGAGAUUAUAGAUUGUAGUUGGUGCAGUGUGUAUGUAGGAGUUUUCUAUUAUGAUUUUUUACCCUGGUCAGCUCGAUGACUGACCUGGAUGUGUACAGUAAGUGUAGAAGGUAACGUUUAAAAUAACCUCUCCACAAAAAGGACUGUGUACGGUUAUUUCUGAAAAGUGCCUUCCACACCUUUGGCACGGGAAAAGAAAUGUAAGAAAAGCCCCAGUAAGUUCCCUGUGAUACCCCUUUUAAAAUAACGUUACAAAUACAAACAUAAAUGGGAGGUUUAUGCCUUUGUGUUAAUGUGGGGAAAUGAUGCAAAAAGCUGGAAAGGAAAGGAGAAGAACUGAAAACCCAGCCAACAUGUAAGAGUUUGUAUGAGGCAGAGCUGCUCACGAUCUUGCCUAGCUCUCCAGGUACAGAAAUUACAGUUCCUGCCAGCAUCUCCUCCGGCACUCCAGUGACCGCUCCACCGGUUUUUGUGCGUUCUCCACGGCAAAGCGUCACUGUGUUGGCCGGUUUGUUCCCCACCCCCCAAACAAUGCACAUAAUACUUUUCUCUAUUUAUAUUAUAUCUUGUAUAGUGUAUAAUGUGAAUGUCUGGUUUUUUUUGUGAAUGAAAGUCUAAAAUCUUUGUAACUUUUUUAUCUGCUUCUGUUUCACCAAAGAAACAAGGUUUUGCUAUACUGUGACUUGUCUUGUUAUUGCAUGUCUUCCUGUUUAAAUCUAUGCAAUGUGAUUUUUCCAUAUGAAUACAAUUAGAUCAUCGUGGAUGAGCAACUGUCAGGUACUUCACAGUUAUUAUGGGCUUAGUCUAAUGCCCACUGGAAUCAAAGAGAAUCAGCUGGCUGAACUUUAGUUGGUGCUGGAUUUGACUUUAUACGAGUAACUGUAAGGGAUUUGGGAGUGGUAUUUUAAGAUCUACAGUGUGUGCUUUGAAGUCAAUUAUUGCUUGUAUAAGUCAAGGCUCUGUUCAUAAAUAUAUAGUAUUCUACACAUCACUUCCUUGUACCAAAACAUACAGAACAGAAAAUAUAUUUUAACACUUUGCAAACUUUCUCACCAUAUGUAUAAAAAACCCUGCAUAGAUUUGCUGUUUUCUUGUCUACUUGUUGGAUUUGAACAAUAUUGUAAGGCAUUCAGAUAACAUUGUGAUUGUAGUUUAAAUAGGUUAGAUACAGUGCUUAUAUUGAUUUUUUUUUCACCUCCUUUUCCUAUUACUCAUAAUAAAAUAGGACUGACAACAUUCCUUGUUAAAAAACAAA